CAAAGAAUACUUCCUUGCUACUACAUCGAUGGUGUCAGAACUUGUAUAGCUAUAAAAAGAGAAGAAGACCUGAACCUAGCACAGAUUGUGGCCGACGUAGGAAAAGUUGUUCAAGUCAUUGGGAGUUUUAUUGGUGGAGCUGCAACAAAAAGAGAAGAACAAGAUUUUGCUGCGUGCCUUACAUUAGCAGGUGCGAAGAUGAUGAACUUCUUUCUUUUGACACUUCUCUUUGUGGCUUCGACCUUGGCCAAUGUUAUCCGAGAGGAACAAGACAUUUGUUUUAACAUAGCUGGAGUAAAUCUUUGUGGAGAUCCAUCCAUUAGUGGCAAAAGAGAUGAACAGAACGUCUGCUUUCACGUAGGCGGGGUAGAAAUUUGUGGAGAUCCAUCCAUUAGUGGCAAAAGAGAUCAACAGAACGUCUGCUUUCACGUAGGCGGGGUAGAAAUUUGUGGCGAUCCAUCCAUUAGUGGCAAAAGAGAUGAACAGAACAUCUGCUUUCACGUAGGUGGAGUUGAAAUCUGUGGCGAUCCAUCCAUUAGUGGCAAGAGAGAUGAAAAAGACAAAAGAAUACUUCCUUGUUAUUAUAUCGAUGGUGUUAGAACCUGUAUAGGAAUCAAAAGAGAGGAAGACCUGAACCUAGCAGAGAUUGUGACAAACAUUGGAAACGUCAUCCACGUUAUUGAUCAAUUUGUUGGCGGAGCUGCUACCAAGAGAGAAGAACAAGAUUCCGUUGGAUGUAUUAUUGCAGGUUGUGUGAGAUAUUGCCAAUCAUCUGAUGCAUUCACUAAUAUUUGCAAAAGAGAGGAACAGAACAUAAGUAUUCCGUUUUGUUAUACACUCGACGGAGUUAAAACUUGUAUUCCUAAUAUCAAGAGAGAAGAUGAAAGCCUCAACUUAGCAGACAUUGUCGCUAACAUUGGAAAAGUCAUCCACGUGAUUGACGGAUUCGUUUCAGGAGCAACCUCUUAGUGGAAAGAACAGAACACAUGUCUGUAAUACUUCUAUACCAUAUGUGUGUGUUCUUAAACCAUCAGACGAUACUAAAUCAAGGUUGUACACGUCUUGUGGAUUUUAAAUAUUAAAAUUUAGCUUUAAUUUA